CUCCCCCCUCAUUCCGUAUAUCUUCUUAUCUCUCUAUACAUAGAUACAUACAUAAAUAUAUAUCUAUCUUUUCUCUCUGUUUUUUCUCCCCUGUUUCCACCGUAUUUCAGAGUCCUCGGAUCUAAUGGCUAAUCUUACUGAUCUCAUCAAUCUUGACCUUUCUGACUCCACCCCUAAAAUCAUAGCAGAAUAUAUCUGGAUUGGUGGAUCAGGAAUGGAUCUUAGGAGCAAAGCAAGGACUCUUCCAAAAGCAGUGAAUGAUCCUAAGGAGCUACCUAAGUGGAAUUACGAUGGUUCUUCGACAGGGCAAGCCCCUGGCGAGGACAGCGAAGUCAUUUUAUACCCACAAGCCAUUUUCAAGGACCCAUUCAGAAGGGGAAACAAUAUCUUGGUGAUCUGUGACGCGUACACCCCUGCUGGCGAGCCAAUUCCAACUAACAAGAGGUGUGCUGCUGCGAAAAUCUUCAGCAAACCUGAAGUCGCAAAGGAGGUUCCAUGGUAUGGAAUUGAACAAGAAUACACUUUGUUGCAGAAGGAUGUCAGCUGGCCUUUGGGCUGGCCUCUAGGUGGUUUCCCUGGUCCACAGGGACCAUACUACUGUGGUAUUGGUGCUGAUAAGGCUUUUGGACGUGAUAUUGUUGAUGCGCACUAUAAGGCUUGUCUUUAUGCUGGCGUCAACAUCUCCGGUAUUAAUGGAGAAGUCAUGCCUGGACAGUGGGAAUUUCAAGUAGGACCUUCGGAAGGUAUCUCAGCGGGUGAUGAAUUGUGGGUCGCCCGUUACAUUCUUGAGAGGAUUACUGAAAUCGCUGGAGUGGUUGUCUCUUUCGACCCUAAACCAAUUCCGGGUGAUUGGAAUGGUGCUGGUGCUCACACGAAUUAUAGCACCAAAUCCAUGAGGGAAGAUGGAGGAUACGAGGUCAUCAAGAAAGCUAUCGAGAAGUUGAGUCUGAAGCACAAAGAACACAUUGCUGCUUAUGGUGAAGGCAAUGAACGUCGUCUCACUGGUCGUCAUGAGACUGCCGAUAUAAACACCUUCUUAUGGGGUGUUGCCAACCGUGGAGCAUCUAUUCGUGUUGGGAGGGACACAGAGAAGGAAGGGAAAGGCUACUUUGAGGACCGACGACCAGCUUCAAACAUGGAUCCAUACGUCGUGACCUCUAUGAUUGCCGAGACCACCAUCCUGUCUUGAAAAAAUAGAAAUUUGGGUCACCAAACUAUGAAGCCUAUUGGGAGGGAGAUUAAAAAAUUAUGUAUUAGAUUUGGAACAACCCUUCUUUUUUUACUUCGUUGAAAGUUAGUUGUAUCCUAUCUGAUGUUCUUGUUUGUUUUUGCUUCAUUUUCUUGUUUGAUGUUUUCUGGAGCAAAGCGCAUUUUGUUUCGAAACAAAAUGCAGAUAAUAUUGCUUCCACUGGAUUUAAAAUUUUUCCCAUGGUUCUUACCUGGGAGAAUAUUGUUGAUAUAUCUAUUUUUAAUAAUGAAAUGAUAGGAGGGUUGAUUUCCAUCCCUUGUUUGCUCC